CACGCUCCUCCCUCCAGUCUUAAAGGGCUAGAAGCAGCUUCGGGUUUUUAUUUUUUAUUUUUUGGUACUUUUGCAGGGCAAGGGUGCGCAGGCGCAGUGGAGGAGUUCUCCAGUAGGAGUAGUCGUCGCGUAUUAAGUUGCUGCUCUAUGUCUCAGCAGAGGAAGCUAGAGGACUAAGCGUCCGGUCACCAACUUGCUCUUCACAAGAUCUACUGGACCAGAAAAGUUUGUGAACAGAGCUUCCUGAGUUUUGGAAGACCAAGGCUGGAAGCGUAGGGGCACGGAGGAGGCUGGAGGGAGCUUCCUCCAUGGAGCCCACUCAGGUUGCAGAGAACCUCGUCCCAAACCAGCAACCUCCUGCUCCUGACCUAGAGGAUCCUGAGGACGCCAGAGAUGAAUCCCCAGAGAACUCAGACACUGUCGUCCUCAGCCUGUUCCCCUGCACCCCAGAUGCUGUGAAUCCUGAAGCAGAUGCCAGUGCAUCCUCACUACAGGGAAGUUUCCUGAAGCACUCCACAACCCUCACAAACCGGCAACGUGGGAACGAGGUCUCAGCUCUGCCAGCCACCCUGGACUCCCUCUCUAUCCACCAGCUUGCAGCCCAAGGGGAGCUGAGCCAACUGAAGGAUCACCUGCGGAAGGGUGCGUGUCCUGCCGUCACAUGCCUGUCUGGGGACAACCUGAUCAACAAACCGGAUGAGCGUGGCUUCACCCCCCUCAUCUGGGCCUCAGCCUUUGGAGAAAUUGAGACAGUUCGCUUCCUGCUAGACUGGGGUGCUGACCCCCACAUCCUGGCCAAGGAGCGGGAGAGCGCGCUGUCACUUGCCAGUAUGGGUGGCUACACAGACAUCGUGAGGUUGCUGCUCGACCGUGACGUGGACAUCAACAUCUAUGACUGGAAUGGGGGAACUCCACUGCUCUAUGCCGUGCGUGGGAACCACGUGAAGUGUGUGGAGGCCUUACUGGCCCGGGGUGCUGACCUCACCACAGAGGCCGACUCUGGCUACACCCCAAUGGAUCUCGCAGUGGCCCUGGGAUACCGCAAAGUGCAACAGGUGAUGGAGAGCCACAUCCUCAGAUUGUUCCAGAGCACCCUGGGGCCUGUGGAUCAAAAGUGAAGACAGCCUGCGGGGAACCAGGCACUCAGGGACAGUAAGCCCACAACUGGCGUGAGAGGCGGCUCCUGGACAGUGGUGGGAAGGGCCCUCCGCAAUGGGGACCAAUAAAUCUGCGCUGAACUU